CAUUUAUUAAUAACAUUUUGCGUUGGACAACAAAAUUGUUUCAUAAACGCCUUAUGGGUAUUACAUAAAAGAAAAUGGCCGGUAAUAUUUACGUUCUUCAGUACUUUACGUAAACAUAACGCGCGCUUUCACUAUUUAAAUUUGUUCAGAUUGAGCCACUUUUCACAAGUCUAUUAUUAGGUCGGGAAAUUAAACUAACACAAAAAAGCAGAGCGCACUGGUCUCGGAAACUAUUCCCGUAACACACAAUCAAUCGCCAAAAUGAGCAAGUCACAAGACAGCCACAACUCCGAAACGGUGCAUCUCCAGCCCGUGGGCGAGGCCGCUCAGCCAGGGUCCAAGGAGUGCGAAUCCGACUACGACCCGCACGAGCAUCGCCAACUGUCGAACCCAACGAACAACUGGGAGACACUGGUGCAUCUUCUGAAAUGCAGUUUGGGCACCGGAAUCUUGGCGAUGCCGCAAGCAUUCGCUCGCGCCGGCUUAGUCACCGGCGUGCUGGCGACCAUCAUCGUCGGCGCCUUAGUGACACACUGCCUCCACGUGCUGGUUCGAUCGCAGUACGCGGCAUGCCGACGCCUGAGAGUUCCGCUUCUUACCUACCCCCAGUCUAUGUCGGCGGCUCUCGAAGCAGGGCCGCCACCACUGCGCCGCUUCGCCGGUUCGCUCGCUACCACCGUCGACAUCUUCCUGGUCGUUUACCAGCUCGGGAUAUGUUGCGUCUACAUCGUCUUCAUCGCUGAUAACAUAAAAAAGAUGGUCGACCCGUAUUAUUCGAUGGCAGUCGAAUUCCACAUGCUUAUAAUCCUGGGCCCACUGAUCGCCUUCAACCUGAUCCCGAGUCUGAAGCUGCUGGCUCCAUUCUCGGCGCUGGCGAACGUGCUCACAUUCGUGGGAUUGGGAAUAGUGGUUUACUACCUGCUCACUAACAAGAAGUCCUCCGCGCCACUGGACCUGUGGGGCUCACUUUCUACCUUCCCGCUCUUCUUUGGGACCAUCUUGUUUGCACUGACAGCAGUUGGAGUGGUCAUUGCCCUGGAGAACAACAUGGCCACUCCGAAGGCGUUCGGCAGGCCGUGCGGCGUGCUGAACAGUGGCAUGCUGGUGAUAGUGCUGCUGUACGUGGCGGUGGGCGCGCUCGGCUACGUGUUCUGCGUGUCCGAGUGCAGCGACUCCGUCACGCUGGAUCUGCCGCAGGGACCGCUGGCGACGAGUGUGAUCGCGAUGUUCGCGGUGGCCAUCUUCAUCAGCUACGGGCUGCACUGCUACGUGCCGGUGGAGGUGGUGUGGCGCGGCUACCUGCUGCCGCGCUUGCAGCGCUCGGGGGCGCCGCCCGCGCGCCUGCGCCUCGCCGAGUACGGGCUGCGCGUGGGGCUGUGCUUGCUAACCUUUGUGCUGGCCGUGGCGGUACCUCGGCUGGGCCUGUUCAUCUCUCUAUUUGGGGCGCUGUGUUUGUCUGCGCUGGGCAUCUGCUUCCCGGCGCUGAUGGAGAUGUGUGUGUCGUUCCCGGACAAGUUCGGGCCGGGCCGCAUGCGCCUGGUCAAAGAUGUGGCGCUGUUCAUAGUGGGAGUGGUGGGCCUCGUAGCCGGCACGUACACGGCGCUCGUCGGCAUCGUGCGCUCCUUCAUGCCGGCGGAGGCGCCGCCACUGCACGCCUAGUCUGCGCGUCCUACGCUAUGUUCCACGGACACUCUCAUACAUUGCUCCAGUCAUCAGACUUGUACAAGUAGUCGACACACAUUGUAAUUGCUUCAUGCAGGUUUAUAAGAGGAGUGUUCUUCUAGUAUAAGAUUACACCACGACAGCAUUUAGAUGAUAAGUUAAAAUGGCAGGUAACCUGCAGCAGUACGUAGCCACGUGUAUGAUUCAACAAGCUGUUUCUUUGAUUAAUUAUAAUUUUAUAUAAUUAAUUGAAUUUAAUUGUUAUUUCUUGUAUUUAUAGCAAUUGUACCUG